UUCCUUCAGUUACAGUUCAAAGAGUAUUAAGAAGCUUCACAGAAAUUUCCUACUUCUUACUAUUGUUAUAAAUAAUAUUCAAUGAUAAUGUAUCACAUCUAAUGCUACAGUAUAUACCAGUUGACUAGACCAAUAGCAAUAAUUCUGUGGAGUAGAUUUGAAGUCCUAUAUAUAACUUCGUCCAAAAUAUCAUCAAUUUAUCUCCUAUCACAACCACAAAUCUAUCCACACAGUUUAUUUUUCUUCUCAAUUUUCAACAAAUUAACUAAAUCAAUGGCAUCAUGUUCUUCUUCUGUGGGUAAUUCACAGUGUCCUCGAUGGAAGUAUGAUGUCUUCCUAAGUUUUAGAGGCAAAGAUACUCGCAGAAAUUUUACAAGUCACUUGUAUGAAGGUUUGAGAAAUAGAGGAAUAUUCACCUUUGAAGAUGAUGAAAGGCUAAAGCAUGGCACAUCCAUCACAGAAGAACUCUUGAAAGCUAUCCAAGAGUCUCAAGUUGCCGUUAUCAUUUUCUCAAAGAAUUAUGCUACAUCGAGGUGGUGCUUAGAUGAACUAGUGAAGAUCAUGAAAUGCAAGAACGAUAAUGGACAAACUGUCAUACCUGUCUUCUAUGAUGUGGAUCCAUCAGAAGUUCGAAACCAGAGGGAGAGCUUUGCUGAAGCCUUUGUCAAACAUGAAUCAAAGUGUAAGGAUGAUGUUGAAGGAAUGCAGAAGGUGCAAGGAUGGAGGACUGCCCUAACUGCUGCCGCAAAUCUAAAAGGAUAUGACAUCCGCCAAGGGAUUGAGUCAAAGAAUAUUCAGCAGAUUGUCGAGCAAAUUUCUUCCAAAUUAUGCAAGAGUGCUUCUUUAUCUUCUUUGCGAGAUGUUGUGGGAAUGAAUGUUCAUUUAGAGAAAUUAAAGUCCCUACUUGAUAUGGAAACUGAUGAUGUUCGGAUUGUGGGGAUAUGGGGCAUGGGAGGUGUUGGUAAGACGACAAUAGCAAGAGUUAUUUUUGAUACUCUAUAUUAUCAAUUUGAAGCUGCUUGUUUUCUUGCGGAUGUAAAAGAAAAUGAAAAAAAGAAUCAACUGCAUUCUUUACAAAAUACCCUUCUCUCUGAACUGUUAAGAAGAAAAGAUGAUUAUGUCAAUAAUAAGUUUAACAGUAAAGACAUGAUUCGGAGCAGACUUUGUUCUAAAAAGGUGCUAGUUGUGCUUGACGACAUAGAUCAUACUGAUCAUUUGGAGUAUUUAGCAGGUGAUCUUGAUUGGUUUGGUAAUGACAGUAGAGUUGUUGUAACAACUAGAAACAGACAUCUCAUAGAGAAGGAUGAUGCAAUCUAUGAAGUGACUACACUACCUGAUCAUGAAGCUACUCAAUUGUUCAAUCAACAUGCUUUCAAAAAAGAAGUUCCAAGUAAGUGUUUUAUGAAGCUUUCCUUGGAGGUAGUAAAUCAUGCUAAAGGCCUUCCUUUAGCCCUCAAAGUGUGGGGUUCUUUCUUACAUAAAAGGAAUAUAAAUGUGUGGAGAAGUGCUAUAGAGCAGAUGAAAAAUAACUCUAGUUUAGAAAUUAUUGACAAGCUCAAAAUUAGUUAUGAUGGACUGGAGCCCAUACAACAAGACAUAUUUCUAGACAUAGCAUGCUUCUUACGAGGGAGGAAAAAAGAUGAGAUCGUGCAAAUUCUUGAGAGCUGUCAUAUUAGAGCUGAAUAUGGAUUGGAUAGCCUAUUUGAAAAAUCCCUUGUGUUUCUAUCUGAAAAAGAUACGAUUGAAAUGCAUGAUUUAAUACAAGAUAUGAGUAAAUAUGUGGUGAACAUGCAAAAGGAACCGGGAGAACGUAGUAGACUGAGGCUCGCAGAAGAUUUCGAAGAAGUGGUGGUCAACAAUACGGGGGACCAAACAAUUGAAGCAAUCUGGUAUCCUUAUUUUAAUAAUAUUUCUUUUAGCAAAGAGGCCAUGAAAAAUAUGAAAAGGCUUAGGAUAUUAUACAUACGUGGGAACGUGAAUCCAAAUAUCGAUGAUGGCUCCAAUUCCCAUGAUGGUUCCAUUAAGUACCUCCCCAACAACUUGCGUUGGUUUGUCUGGAAUCACUAUCCUUGGGAAUCACUGCCAGCUAGUUUUGAACCCAAAAGGCUUGUCCAUCUUCAACUCGUGUCCAGUUCACUGCAUUAUUUAUGGACGGGAAGAAAGCAUUUUCCGUAUCUACGGAUGCUAAAUCUCAGCGGCUCUAAGCACCUGAUGCAAACACCGGAUUGCUCGGGGAUGCCAAAUUUGGAGUAUUUGAGUCUGUCAGAUCAUAGUAAUCUUGAAGAGGUUCACCAUUCCCUGGGAUGUUCCAAAAAACACGUUGAGUUAAAGUUGCGUGAUUGUAAAAGCCUUAAGAGGUUUCCAUGUGUUAACUUGGAAUCUCUUGAAUAUAUGUAUCUACAAGAUUGCUCUGGUUUAGAGAAAUUUCCAGAAAUCCUAGGAAGAAUGAAGCUAGAGUUAAAGAUUCACAUGGGAGGCUCUGGGAUAAGGGAACUACCAUCAUCUAUCCAGUACCAAACUCAUAUUGCCAAGCUAGAUUUGAGCUGUUUAAAGGACCUUGUAGCUCUUCCAAGCAGCAUCUGUCGGUUGAAAAGUUUGGUUAGUCCAAAUGUGUCGUAUUGCUCAAAACUUGAAAGCUUGCCAGAAGAGAUAGGGGACUUAGAAAACUUGGAGCAGCUUGAUGCUAGAGAUACUCUAAUCUCACAACCUCCGCCUUCUGUUGUCCAGUUGAACAAGCUUAAAUUCUUGAGUUUUGUGAAACAAAUAUCAGAAGUAGGCCUCGAAGAUGGAGUGCACUUUGUGUUCCCCCCAGUGGCUAAAGGACUACGCUCAUUGGAAAUCUUGAAUCUCAGUAACUGCAAUCUAAUAGACGGAGGGCUUCCGGAAGACAUUGAAUGUAUAUCCUCUUUGAAAGAGUUGUAUCUCGCUGGAAAUAACUUUGAUCAUUUGCCUCGAAGCAUAGUGCAGUUUGGUGGUCUUCGAUUAUUAGACUUUUCAGAUGGGAAGAAGCUUAAAGAGUUGCCAGACUUAAUGGGGAUGCCAAAUUUGGAGACUUUAUAUCUGUCAAAUUGCAUGAAUCUUGAAGAGAUUCAUCAUUCCCUGGGAUUUUUAAAAAAGCUCUGUACAUUAGAAUUGACUAACUGUAAACGCCUUAAGUGGUUUCCAGCUUUGUGCAUUGAUUCCCUUGAAUAUCUGUGGCUACAGGGGUGUUCUAGUUUACAAAAUUUUCCAAAAAUCCUUGGAAGCAUGAAACUGGAGUUAGAGAAUCACAUGCUAGACAGUGUGAUAAAGGAUUUAGAUUUGCGGGGUUUAGAAAUUCUAGCACUCCCGAUCAACAUUUGUAAGUUGAAAAGUUUGGUCAGUCUAAAUGUAUCGAGUUGCUCAAAACUUGGAAGUUUUCUAGAAAGAAUAGGGGAUUUAGAAAACUUGGAGUGGAUUGAUGCCAAAAAUACUCGAAAUCACAGCCUCAGCCCUCCAUUGUCCGGUUAAAAAAUCUUAAAUUCUUGAAUUUUGCAAAACAAAAAUCAGAAGUAGGCCUCAAAUAUGAAGUGUAUUUUGUGUUCCCUCAGGUGAAUGAAGGGUUACGCUCAUUGGAAAUUCUGAAUCUUAGUUACUGCAAUCUAAUAG